AUGCCCAUAUCCAUGAAGCGGAAAGUGCCGGCCAAGCUGGCCGUGCCGGUUGUCAAGCCAAGCGCAAGGCUGCCCACAAAGACCACCAUUGACGAGUCUCGAACAUCCGUGGCCGCUGCUGAUGUCUUGCAAAGCUCGCAGACGGAGGCCAUUGAGAUUUCCUCCGAUACCGACAGCGACGAGGAAAUUUCCGACUCGGAGGACAAUGCAGAAGAAGAACAGACUAACGGCGACAAGACCGCCGCGAAAGCAGCCGCCGCCACCGCGGCCAACGCCAACGGCACCAACACAAAGACAGACGACCACGCAGAGACGGAAGGCUCUGACGGAGAGGAGACGUCGCCGUCAUUCGGAGAACUAUUACGAGGCAACGACACCAUCGACGUCCCGGCCCCGCCGCAGCAAUCCGCGUCGGGCGGCGUGACAGCACAACCCACGCGGACAGCCACCGCGCCGCCCUCUCACCAGUCGCUCACGACGGUCUUGACGCAAGCGCUCCACACAGACGACACCGACCUCCUCGAAUCCUGCCUGCACACAACCGACAUCACCACGGUUCGAAACACCAUCGAGAGGAUAGACAGCUCCCUGGCCGGCAUCCUGCUCAACAAGCUCGCCGCCCGUCUGUAUCGCCGCCCCGGCCGUGCUGGCAACCUCAUGACCUGGGUCCAGUGGACGCUCAUCUCGCACGGCGGCGCGCUCGCGGCGCAGCCCCAGAUCGUCCACAGCCUCAACGGCCUGCAAAAGGUGUUGGCAGAACGCGCCAAGGGCCUCAACAGUCUCCUCGCCCUCAAAGGCAAGCUCGACAUGCUCGACCUGCAAAUGGAUCUCCGACGCAAGAUGCAGCGGAACGCAGGCCAGGUGCGCCAGGGCGAGGACGCUUCCGAGGAAGAGGACGACGUCAUCUGGGUAGAGGGCGAAGUCGACCCCGUCAGCAGGAAAGACCUCGCCAACGGCGCCAGGUCAAGAAGGAGACGCGAGGACGACGGUGACGACGACGACGACGACGACGACGACGAUGAUCAAGAUGGCCAGCACCUGCCCAUGACCAACGGAGUGGGCGACUCCGAAGACGAAGAGGAGGACUCGGACGUUGCAGACGACGACGACAGCCAAGUCGCCGAGGAGUCAUUGGACGAGGACGAAGUCGACCACGAAGACGUGGACGAGUCACCGGCCGAAGAGGAGGAAAGCGACGUCGAAGCCGCGCCUCCCUCGAAAAUGCAAAAAGUAGCCAAGUCAUUUCCAAGGAGAAAAUAG